AUGCCGUCCACCAGACUUAAAUACCGGAGAAGACAGCCAUAUAACACCGUCUCGAACAAAGUCCGCAUCAUCAGAACACCCGGCGGCGAGCACAGAUACCUCAACACCAAGAAGAAGGGCACCGCGCCGAAAUGCGGUGAUUGCGGCACGAAAUUGGCAGGCAUCCCUGCCCUCCGCCCACGCGAAUACGCCACCAUCUCCCGACCGAAGAAGACAGUCUCGCGCUCAUAUGGUGGCAGCCGAUGUGCCAACUGCACCAAGGACCGCAUUGUUCGUGCUUUCCUGAUUGAGGAGCAGAAGAUUGUGAAGAAGGUCAUGCGGGAGGCAGAGAAGAAGAACAAGCGGUAG